AGCCAGCUGCAUUUCAGCGAUAGGGUGUAUAGCGAUUUGGUGUACUAUAGCUACUACGCGAAGCUAGCGGACUGUGUGUCCAAGCCUGGAAGGCUCAGCGUGGGCGUGCCGUUUGCGCAAGGUGGGUGCAAUGUGAAGUUCUGUCAGCACGAGAGGACGCUGGGGGCGGUGAUCACCAAGAUUAGAGAGGCUCCGGAGGGGGAGACUGGCAGCGCCAUCGUCGUGCUUGACGAGCGCAACGAGGAGAUCGUCGUGGCGUUUAGAGCGUCCACGACGGUAUCUGACUGGUUAAGCGAUUUCAUGAUCAGGGUAGUGGACUACGAGCCAAUAUCGCAGAGCUGGGAUAGAAGCGUUCCGGAGUGUAAAGGCUGUAAGGUGCACUCUGGGUUCUACAAGGAUCUAGGCCGUAUAAGUGAAGACUUGGUCAGUGAUGUCCUCCAGUUGUAUACCCAGUAUCCAGCCUAUAAGCUAUCGAUCGUUGGGUUCUCGUUAGGGGCGGCGUUGGCAACGUUGACAGGGAUCGAAUUUAGGGCCAGAGGGUUUCAACCUUUGGUCAUUGGGUAUGCGCCACCAAGGAUGUUCAACAAGGAGAUGGGCGCUUGGGUGAAUGAGUUGUUCCAUUCAGAGAACUUAACACUGCAUUUGAAGCAAGGCGGUGACUUCCAAACUGGACUCAUUACGGUGGUUCAUGACGAGGAUUACGUGCCCAGCUUGCCUCCAAACUUGGCCCAAGCAGGCGUAGAGUUCUUCAUAGCGAAGAAACACUUGCCGCACACAAAGGACUCUGUCAUGUUAACAGGGGUGGACUAUUUGUCAACACAGUAUGAAGAGUACGAUGAGCUUGCCCAGAUAUCAUUACCAGAUAAGUUCAAGGAAUGGUUACAUGCUUAUGAACAUAGGACUUAUUUCAUCACCAUACACAAAUGU